AUGUCCAUAUUCAGUGAUACUUUUAUUGACGUCCACUGCUUUUAUUACUGCUUUUAUUACUGCUUUUAUGAAGAGCACAUUGUAUGUAUGGCUUCACAGACAAAUACUGUCCAUUUCCAUGACCCUGUAAACAUCAACAGACUGCCUCCGCUACAACAAAAUGUAGACCCCAGGUGGGGUGAGCCUCUGCCUGAACCUUACAUCAAUUCUUCUCCUGGUUACAAUCAGAGAAUGGCUUUUCACCCAGUCUUUCUGAUGUCAAAACCCAGAAUGCGUGGGCUUACACAGAUUGGUGUGGCGCAUUUGCAGCUUGCACUUGGAAUUAUCCUAAACUUUUUUGGUGAACACAUUUAUACUUGGUUCAGUUAUAUCAUCUUCUGGGGACCACCAUUUUUGAUCUGCUCUGGAUUUCUGGCUGUUGCUGCUCACGGCAUUGUCUCCUCCAAGUUGGUCAGAGCGUGCAACGUCUUCCAGACCAUCAGUAUUCUCAUCUCUAUUUCUGGGCUAGUCUUAUCCUGCAUUGAUGCAUACAGUAUUUAUUCAUGUUCUGGGAAUUGUGGAAAUGUAAGUAUCACAAUUGAUGGUGACAAUUUUCAGGACAAAUGA